AUGGUGGAGCCGGAUAAAAUACAUCGAAAUGAGCUGCUACCGCCUCCUAAAAAUCACCAGAAACUGCUACAAUAUCAAUAUUCAGCCGUGUUUGAGGCGGAAGAGUUAAAAGAAUUUAGUAAACCCUUCGGAAAAGAAUCGUGUACACAAAGUAGCAAAAUUAAACUGGACGUAGCUAAUGCACGUCGGAGCUGA